CACCUCACCUCACCUCACCUCACCUCACCUCAGAUCGAGCCUUGGCACCACACCCGCCCUUCCCCUAUCUGCUAUCGCAGAGCCGUACCUUACCCGCUGGCUAGGAAGAGUCCGCGUUCAGGAACACCCUCACCAAGUCGAGACAAGACAAGUUAUAAUAAGAAAAACUAAGAGCCAUCGUGGGCAAACCAGCAAUUGAUUCGGCAUCGUUCCAGGCCAGAAGUCGAAAAGUCAACGAUCUUGGAUCGACCUCCAUUUCCAUUUCCAUUUCCAGGUCGCAGGCAGGCGGAGCCAAUCACGGCCCCGCUCUUAAUCACUUCCACCUGCGCCUGCACUGCACUGCAUUGCACUGCACUACUGGCACUGGCACUUGCACUUCGCUGCACCACUACUGGACUCCGCUCCAGCUUGCAAAACACAGACAGGCCAGGGCAGGAGGACCCCCGGCCGAACAGUACCAGUACCAGUACCACCGUACCUUGCCGUGCCAGGACUCCAUACCUCCCCUACCCUACCAUAACCUGCUACGAAACCUCCAACAACGCGAAUUCUAAACCACCACCCACCGUCGUUUCCAGUUCUUCACGGCUUCACCAUCACCAUUGACAUCGCUCGCUCGUCCACUUGACCUCGCAGUAUCAUCAGAGCCAACACGGCAGGCCGAUAAACACAACAACUUCAAGCUGUCUGCAACUACGGCACCAUCGCCAGAUAUGGCGUCGUGAGUGUUCCCCUUUUUGAUUUGCGCUCCCCUCAACCACCGACAAUCACCCCCUCUCCGCCCGCACGCUCUUCGAGAAGUAUAUGCAAUCAUGCUAACAGCAGGUGUGUCACCAGGUUCGGCUCAGCCUUUCGAUCGUUCUGGCAUACGAUGACCAGCUAUGACCGACGUACGUUGGUUUGUUAGCUCCCUAGAGACAGCCGUCCUAACAAUGUGAACAGACUCUUCUUACGACUCUCCUUACCGCACAGGACAACACGUCCCUCUCGCACAAAGCAGACAUGCCCCUCUAACCUCCGUCGCUACCACUGCAUCAGAAUCUCGCGCCGAUGUCAGUUCUCCAUACUUUGAAGAUGCAGGAAGACAUUCGACAUCCGCGUUGAACGGUGGCGCUUAUCCUGGCUCUCCUCUCCCACAUAGCCCUUCACCACUAUCACCAUCCCUUUACUCACCUGGCAUGAGAUCGAGCGCUGCUCUACACAGAACAAACACAAAUGAGAAUUUCGAGAAUGCUACACCUGGAGAAAUCCAAUUACAACCUUUCAAUGAGGGUCUUCCUCCACCUCCUCCCCCUGGACACUCUUGGAAGCGAAUUGACCGAUGGGCAGAAGAGAACUAUCCAGAAUUGUAUGACCAGCUGUGCGAGGGAUGCACGUCGAAUGAUUUGAAUGAGCUGGAACACCAAUUGGACUGCUCGCUGCCAAUGGAGGUCCGUGAAUCAUUGCAGGUACACGACGGCCAAGAGAGAGGCGGCAACCCAACCGGAAUCAUCUUCAGUUCUAUGCUGCUAGAUUGCGAGGAGAUUGUACAGGAGUGGGAGAACUGGAAGAAAGUCAAUGCGGAGUAUCUGCAAGAGCCAAUUAAUUUUAAGCCCGCUGCUCCGGUAAAGGCAUUUGGUGGCAGCUCUGCCGCCUCUUCCUCGAAGGAUGCACCAAGAUCAUCACAAAACCCUCACUGGAGACAAGAGCUACUUUCUCGCCAGGACUCCCAACCCGCCGGUGCCAUUCAAAAAGUCUACGCUCAUCCUUCAUGGAUUCCUCUAGUUAGAGAUUGGGGUGGAAACAAUUUGGCAGUCGAUCUGGCUCCAGGACCUUCUGGAAAAUGGGGACAAGUGAUUCUGUUUGGCCGCGAUUAUGACUGCAAAUACGUGGUAGCUCGAUCCUGGUCUGCUUUCCUGGCCACAUUCGCAGAUGACCUGAACAGCGGCAAAUGGUUCGUUGAUGAAGACACCCAGGAAUUGAAGUUGAGGGAAUUCAAGUCAAGAAACGUCGAACCCGGAUACCUGGAUAUCUUGAGGUGGAGAAUGGAUCAAAAGUAUGGCAGAAAGAAUGUUCGACGCAGAUCAGCAGCUCCCAUGAAUGGCCAGCCUAGCGGUUCUCCAACCGGUUCGCCAUAUGCCAGUCCAACUGCAGAAGUCAGUGGUGAGCCUCGAGGACGGUCAAUGCAACGGUUUAGUGGAGCUUCCCCUGUGGCCAGUCCCAACCGACCAAAUUAUGGCAAAUCCAGUCCGCUUGCCCGAGUUACUGAAGAACGUGCUGCCCCAAUCCGAUUAAAUACAAACGGUAUCAAGCCCGAGAAGCUUGUGGAGGUAGAGACACCAAGACCAAGCGACGAUAUUAGGGAACCUCAGAAGCAGAAGACCCUGGAAUCCCUACUGGAGCCUGUAUCAUUAGAUGACGACAAAGAGAACAAGAAGGUGGAUGUGACCGUCAAGACCAGCGGAUUGACAAACGGCACUCCCAAGAAGGCUACGGUUGAGGAUGAUGAUUCUACGAUGAAGACGAUUGAGAUCUAAGGUCUCCCUUCCCCACCCACUUUGUUUAUUACCGCGAGCAGAGAGAUACGAAAAUGAAAGGAAGGCGUUACGAGGCGCAGCGUUUGAUAUGGGGGAGUUUUCUUUCUACCACCAAAGAAAGGAGACCUGUCAUAAUGGAAAAGGAAAUUUCGACUGAUUGACUGAUUGACUGAUUGAUUGACGGCAUGCAUGCAUUGGGAGGUUUUGUUGCUUUUCUUCUGCGGUACUUGUGGCCGGGCUUUACUACUUUUCUCUCUCACACCAUACGAAUGAGAGAGUGUAUUUUGGACGAACAAAGUGAGAAGGACUUGAACCAGUGAGAGAGGGGAAGGGCGAGACAUGUAUAACUGUGUAUUGUGUGUCUAAGGAGUGCAGAGCAGUGGAGUGGAGUGGAGUGUAACGGAGUCACAGACGGAGGGGCGUAUUCGAGAAUAUGAGAAUUGAGCGAAAUUCAAAUAGCAUAUACGAAACUUGGACUGCGUUACUCUUUGAGCUGACCAGUUGACUAAAUACUUGUACCCUCAUCACUUCUUGUCUGAGACUACCUGGCUUUUGGCGGAGCGAGCUUUCUUUUCCUUGUGUGUCUCUGGCUGCUGAGUUUCUGGAUGAACUUUGGUAGGCUUUGGCAACGAGAAGGAAGCAGACGUACAAGUGGAGGCAAGGCUUUGUUGUACUAUACAGUUGUGACAAAUUUCUGUUUACUA